ACCUUUCUUUACAUCACCAAAGCCUGACAGACACCUGGUGCUCUCCGCUGAUAUCAUUAUCACGAGUUACUCUGUCUAAAUCAUGACUCAGCAUUUCUCCGGGAGAUCUUUUAGUGGCCGCACUCACAGCUCUGGAGGCUUUGGCAGCUCCGGUGGCUUUGGCAGCUCCAUCGGCUUUGGAAGCUCCGGUGGCUUUUGCGGCUCUGGCGGCUUUGGCAGCUAUGGCGGGAUCAGAACAGGUGCUGAAGGGGGGUUUAGGCAGGUAUACAGUCAGUCGGCGAUGUCCAGCGGUCUGCGCAGCAGCGCUGCGGUGGGUCUGGGGUCUAGUGCUGGGGCCGGGAUGGGGAUGGGAGGUGGAAGUUCUCUCUCGGCUGGUUUCAGGAUGGUUGGAGGUUCUCUCUCGUCUGGUGGGCAUUGGGGUGGAGGUUCCUUCAUGGCUGGUUUGAUGAGUGGAGGAGGUCUCGCAGAAACCCUGUCAUUCAUCACCAAUGAGAAACAGCAGCUGCAGGUCCUGAACGAUCGUCUUGCGAUGUACCUGGAGAAGGUGAAGCGUCUGGAAACAACAAACCUCGAGCUUAACGAGAAGCUCAGAACGUUCACCCUCAACAAAGUUCAGAGCAGCCACAAUCUGGAGCCCUACCAAAUCCAGAUCAAGCCACUCCGGGAGAAGCUUCUGGUUCUUAUUCCAGAGCACUCACGUGUUGCUUUAGACAUAGACAACGCCAGACUGGCUGCGGACGAUUUCAGAAUGAAGUACGAGACAGAGCUGGCCAUGAGACAGUCUGUGGAGGGAGAUUUGGCCAAUCUGAGAUCUCUGAAGAAAGAAUACGAUUCAGUGAACACCAUGUUACGGCAGGAGUAUAAGAUCCUCAGUGAGGAGCACUCCACCAUGAAAAAAAUGCACCAGGAGGAGAUGAUAUCGCUGCGAGGGCAGAUGGCAGGUACAGUAACGGUGGACCUGAUGUCGGUGGAAAGUACAGACCUGUCGAAAAUCCUCGCCGAGAUCCGAUCCGAGUAUGAGGCGAUCAUCGAGAAAUACCGGAAAGAGGCAGGGAACUGGUACACUAAACAGGUGGAAAAGAAACAUGCAGAAGUGGCGAUUAUCACAGAGACGGCUGUCAGCGGCAGUUCUGAAAUCAUUGAGAACCGCAAACAGAGUCUGACGCUGCAGAAACAACUGGACACCGUGUUCAUGGAGAGAGUAAACCUGGAGCAGCGUAUGGUGGAGGUUCAGGCUCAGUAUCAUACUCAGAUCUUCUCUCUGAGUCAGCUGGCCGGCAGGCUGGAAGGAGAGCUCAUGUCCAUCCGUGAGAGUACGAUGCAACAGAGUCGAGACUACCAGAUGCUCCUGAGCACCAAAGUCCAGCUGGAGCAUGAGAUCAGCAUGUAUAAAGCUCUGCUGGAUGGCACCGGUGAGGUCACUUUGCCCCUGACCAAGAUGACCCUAAGUUCGACUGAGACCUCAGACCUGGAGAUAAAGCUCUUGGAAAAAGUUGCAAUUUCAGCAGCGGAUGCAGGUGCUGGCAGUUCUAGCGUGAGCAAGGGUUCGACAGCAACUCUGGAAGAUAUCUCAGUGGCCGAGGUAUCAGCUAAUGCAGGCGUACCCUCCAAUGACAAGAGCGAUAUGGUGAAAUGAGGCUCUUCAAGGUCCCGGUGAUGUCAUAGUCGUGACAAAUCGUUUCAGAUAUCUCUGCCUGUAUGUCCAGCAUCAAUAAACUCCGAUUGACACCUUG